AUGGACUAUGAGUCCCCGACGAAGGAAAUUGAGCAAGAAGAAAUCAUCGAGCAUUACGUGACCAAAUCACGUCGAUUACCUGGCACCAGUGGUUCACGUGUUCCGUUGCAAGAAAUUCUAACGGAAACAAUUGGACGACGACACAAUGGAGAAUUACCAAUUCAUGAUUUUUACCGCAUAUCACAAAAUUCCUUACAACCAACUUCAUCGGUACUUAAUAAUGAAGCGGAACGAAGAUUUUAUGCAACCGGUGAAAGAGAUUGCAGUAGGGAUGCGUCCUUUAUGCAAACAUCAGGAUUAUCACCUGGCAGUCAAAUGGAACCAGCAAAUGUGCCAAUACCAUACCUAAGGUUAUCUGAUAAUUUGGAUCACUCUAUCGCGAAUAUUCAUUCCUAUGGAUAUGAUGUUCAUGAAGUCCAUACAUCAGAGGGUGGUGCACGAAUAGUGCAAACGCAUGGAACAGGCCUCCUCCAUGAUGAUGGAUCAGCAAUACAGCAGAUGGAGCGAAGCCUAAAUGAACAACGGAUACGUAGCGAUAGAAGUGUCGAACAUCAACGGACGACGUUGAUCGAAGAACGGAGCGAAGAAAAACGUUCUCGAAUUCCCUCAUCCUUGAAAUCUAGUCACAAGGAAGUCGGUUUCCUUAACUCAGCAAGGUCAACGGCUAAUGAAAUUGGUACUGCGAUUGAUCAUCAUCGAAAAACUGUUUAUACACUGCCUUUACCAUCCGGUGAGAAAACGGAAACUUGGCGACGUGUUGGUACUUUACCAACAGAGAGUAAACUGUCUCGAAAGGACAGCUACAAACGUAUGCAAAUGGGACAGCAGGACGAUUCAGCUGAUGUUUAUGCGCCACGAUCAGAUGCCUCAUUAAUUGCCGAUUUCGCAAAAUCGCGUUCGCAAUCAUCCGAUGAAAUGCUCACUCCAUGGCAACAAGUGGUACAAUUUAUGAGGAAGAUUCUUUUCAGAGCAAGGAAUACGACAUGGACGCCUCGUUUGAUUUGUUUUUUGUUGUUAUUUUUAUUUCUUGUUAUUAUAUUUUUCAUUUUACUCGGCAUUAUCCUAAACGCUUUAUUUGGCUCUUAUUCGGUACGAACGUUAUCCUUAUAUCCACCAAUAUGCGAGAAAUGUCACAAUCAUGUACUGAGCGGUAUCAACAAUCAGAUUCCCAGUAUACUUCAUAUUAUCUUCUAUAGUUCAUCACAAGUUCACUUCGAAUUGAUCGGGAAUUUACCAUUUAGAAGUAACUCGUUCAGUGUUAUCGAUUUCAAUACGGGUUACAUAGCAAUAGCGGAUCAUGCGUUAACUGAUAGCGCUGGUAGGCAUUUCAUAUGCUUCCUGAUGCCGCUUGAUCGUUCCGCUAUUCCGAGUAUAUCAGCUCUUCGUGAUGCACUUUCAUCUGUAACCUCCGAGAUUUAUUCGGAAUAUGGAUGGCAAGAAUAUUGGCAGUAUAACGCAGAGCUAAUCGAUGCAAAAAAUGUAGAACGUAAAUUCACGAACAAAAUUGAUAAUUGUCAAAGUGCAAAGUGGUAUUUAUUGAAACAUACGGUUUAUACGAGGGAUUCAAGUUGCUCGAAUUGCUAUGAUUUUUGCUUACCAAACUACGCUAUUCAACGAUUGCAUAAGUAUGAGGAUGAUAUGACUAUCGGUAUCCGACGUUUGGAUUGCACCCGACUUUAUAUUCCGGAAUGGGAAGGGUAUCAAUUAACACCUGACAAUCAAGGUGGACAUUGGUCCUAUCCAAAAAUUCCAUUCAAUACACAAAAAAAUCCAUUAAGAAACUGA